AUUUCUCGUACAGUCUCUCGCAAGGUGUGGUUCUUGACGCUAUAGAGACGGAAGUAUGCCGCCGCGGGAUCAACAAGUGUCGUGCGAGAUCCACGUCCGGCGAACGAUCGACUCGGCGGCGCGUCUCUCCUGAGUCUCCCUCGAUCCUCUUCACGUCGAGAGAAAAGCCGCGCGAUUAAACGCGAUUAAACGCGAGUGCGCGUUUUUCUUUUCAAGUGAUUUAUCAAACUCUCGAUCGCCAACAGCACAGGACGAUUCUUGACGAGUUCGCUCGGCCGGACGGACGCGUCCGACACGACGACGUUAAAGAACGAAUCGGAUCGAUCGGAAUCGUCGGCAAUCUGAUUUAGGUGACGGUGUACCUUCGUCGUGGAAUUAGCGUGCAUGCGUGUUACCGUGAUCACGGGAACCAACGCACACGUGACCCUAUCGGUUUGUUUGGUGCGCGGGUUCCUCGCCGUCAAGGAUCAACAAUCGCAGAUAUGACAGUCAAAAUGCCCAGGAUAUUGCUAUUCCUGGCCAUUGGUUUGCUCGCGAGGGUAUCGGGAUUACCUAAUGGAGCACCACCGAAGACAUGCUCGAAUUUGACGCCACAUCAUGAAAAUACGUCCCCUCAAACGUCGUAUCCACCUUAUCAGGUGCUACCUGCAGCCGGACAAGGCAGGGUCCGGCUGAUCCUCGGAAGUCCCGAGGGCCUUGCCUAUCAGGGCUUCAUGAUUCUCGCCAGAGACAUCGACACCGGCGAAUUUGUGGGAGAAUUCACGAAUCUGCCCGAUUCCGCGAAAAUUGUUGAAUGCACCCAAGGCGUAAAGAAUGCUGUGACUCAUACUAACAAAGACAAGAAGCAGAAUCUGGAAUUUGAUUGGGAAGCUCCGGUCGAUUACGAAGGUACCAUUAUCUUCAACUCCACCUUCGCUCAGGAUUACAGCACGUACUGGGUUGGUGUGGAAUCGCCUAGAAUCACCGUCAACAAGCGGUCCAUCGACGUAUUGACCUCACCUACGCCCGUCACUACCUUUAGGACUACCACGCCGCCCUACUAUGGCCGCACCGUCAAUUAUGUGACGCAGAAUGAGGAGGACCCGUUCUAUACGGGCUGUCACAUCACCAAGAAUUGCUUUGGCGCACCCGCGGACUGUAUAAAAACCAAGGACUGCGCCGCCGUGGUGGCCGUGAUCGUGCAGGGAGAGGAAUAUCAUUUCGAGAUGCAGGCGCGGGGGGAGGCCAAAUAUGUCGCUGUCGGUCUGUCGGACGACGAGAAAAUGGGCGACGACAGCGUAGUCGAGUGCACGAACGAGGAGGGCGAAAUUGCGUUACAUACGUCUUGGAAUUCCGGAAAGCGGAAUACGCGCCAUCCGACGCCGGAAGGUGCGAUCGAAUUGGAAAACAGCUCGAUCAAGAAUGACGUGAUCUAUUGCAAAUUUCGACGGGACAAACGCACUAUUAUUCAAGGACGUACAUACGACCUUGUUAAUACUCCGUACCAUCUUCUCGUGGUCGCUGGCAAAGAUCUGCGAGCAAAUGGCGUUGACUUUCACGACAUUGUCUAUCUUGGAACUAGCAACUCGAAGAAAUUGGCCGACGUUGGAGAAUGGAUUCCAGCCAGCGACCUACUAAUUCGCCUUCACGGUGCACUCAUGUUGGCGUCGUGGAUAGGCACGGCCUCCAUCGGGAUGCUACUUGCGAGAUACUACAGACAGACGUGGGUUAACUCUCAACUGUGUGGAAAGGAUCAUUGGUUUGCCUGGCACAGAUUCUUCAUGGUGCUCACUUGGUCGAUGACGAUCGCAGCCUUCGUAAUAAUAUUCGUGGAAUUGGGCACAUGGAGUUCCGCGACGAUACACGCUUCCGUCGGUCUGGCUACUACAAUUUUGUGCUUUAUUCAGCCCUUCAUGGCAGCCAUGAGACCACAUCCCGGCGCACCGCGAAGAGUUCUUUUCAAUUGGGCUCACUGGUUCGUCGGUAAUGUGGCAACAAUAUGCGCUCUAAUCGCGCUUUUCUUUGCGGUACGACUAAACAAGGCCAAUCUUCCGCAAUGGGUCGACUAUAUUCUUACCGCAUAUGUGGUAUUCUACGUUCUGACUCAUCUCAUUCUAACAUUCCUUGGAUGCGUCUCUGAUAGACAAGCCAGUCAGAGAGUGAAUUCAUUUCCGAUGAAAGACAUGCAUUCUCGCGGUUCAAUGGUGCAUCCAGAUGCGAGGCGAGACGCUCCUCACUCCGGCGUACGCAAGUUCAUUUUCGGUGUGUACUUUGUGGUUAUCGUCGCAUUCGCCGCGAUCCUCAUAGUGAUCACCGUGUUGGCGCCUAUCGAGGAAACGUGGGCCACCUUCACCAACACCAUAUCGAGUUACUGAGGCCGCUAAUCAACGUCCGUGGAAAUAUUCGUCACUGCGCGAUAUUCCCGAGUGAAAUAUUCCGACCGGAUAGCUCGGAGACCAUCGUAGCCGUUGCAGCAACGAUAUAUUCUCUCGACUCGACUUUCUGUAUGCAAAUUAUGCAUACGAAGAAUGUGUAAAUCCUUAUUCGUGUAAAGAUGCAAAUCGCGCCCCGUGGCAGAUGCAUAUAUGAGAACGAAAAGAUUAUUGUUGGUGCGACGAGUGUUUUUUAAGUUUCUUUUUUAAGUUACGAAGAUUUGUCAAUUUCUGUUUUGAUUAUAUAUGAUUAUAUCGUAAUCAAAGAUGAGUUUUUCUGUAUAUAACGUUUUUAAUUUACUCGAAAGGUGUAAAGCCUAAAAUUUACAUACUUCAUUAACAGCUAUUAACAAAUGUUUUGCGAUUACACACGGAGUAUCUUAUUGUCUAUAUGUCUGAUAGAUUUGAAAAUCAUUUUUCAUUAAGAAACUGCCAUUAGAUCCAAAAUUUGUAGCGUGAUUAUAAAGACUAGAAUAAAAAAAACUCGAAAAAUA